AGGAAGGAAGGUACGGGGGUGGGGGGCCGCGGGAGUCACCCCAGACACGAUCACCCCGAGGGGCGCCUGCUUCGGCGCGGUGUGACCCUGGGAGAGGUGUGCCGCGCCCUGACCGCUGUGGACCCUGGCGCCACCUUCGCCGUCGACACCUGGGAGAGGAAGGAAGGUGGAGGUGGCAUCAGCUGCGUGCUGCAGGACGGCGAGGUCUUCGAGAAGGCGGGCGUGAACGUGUCUGUCGUGUCCGGGCUCCUGUCCGAGGAGGCAGCGCGGCAGAUGCGCAGCAGGGGGAAGUCUCUGAAGGCCAAAGACGGGAAACUGCCUUUUUGCGCCAUGGGUGUGAGCUCUGUUAUCCAUCCAAAGAACCCUCACGUUCCAACCAUGCACUUCAACUACAGAUACUUUGAAAUUGAGGAAGCGGACGGAACUAAACAGUGGUGGUUUGGUGGUGGGACUGACCUCACUCCAACUUACCUGAAUGAAGAGGAUGCCGUUCAUUUUCACAAGACUCUGAAAGAAGCCUGUGACAAACAUGACCUGAAGCUGUAUCCCAAGUACAAGAAAUGGUGUGAUGACUACUUCUAUAUCAAGCACCGUGACGAGCGAAGAGGGAUUGGAGGCAUAUUCUUUGAUGAUGUAGACUCUCCCUCCAAGGAGGAAGUAUUCCAGUUUGUGAAGAGUUGUGCCAAAGCUGUUGUGCCUUGUUACAUUCCAAUUGUGAAAAGGCAUUGCCAUGACUCCUUCACACCAGAGGAAAAGCUGUGGCAGCAGCUUCGGAGAGGACGGUACGUGGAGUUCAACUUGGUUUAUGACAGAGGUACAAAGUUUGGCCUCCUGACACCAGGAUCAAGAAUUGAAAGCAUUCUUAUGUCUCUGCCACUGACUGCAAGGUGGGAGUACAUGCACACCCCUCCAGAGAGCUCAAAAGAAGCUGAAAUCCUGGAGGUAUUGCGCAAUCCCAAAGACUGGGUGCACUGACACUGAUGGUGAACAAGAUGGAUUGCUUACACUGAGCCAUUAUGAAAGAACAGGAACGCCUGCGAACCAGCUUAUUCAAACUGCUGUAGCAUGGUGUUUUACUAUAGCUAUUUAUAAUCUUACGUGGUGCCUUAAUCGUGCUGUAGGCUUGUUGCAACUUGCAGAUACGUGAAGUCAUUCUUUAAGAUUGGUCGGCUAAUGUUAUCACCCCCCUGUUGAAGUUGCCUUGUGAAGGACUGGCGAUACUCCCACAGGACUACUGCGCAUGCUUAAGAACUUCUUCAGCUGAUUUGUUUGACUGCAAAAUGAUAAACUACUGUGAAGUGUUCUCCCAGUGGAAUGAAAGCAUUAUCUGUGCCUAAAUAGCACUGUUGGGAUGUUUUAGAAAUACUUUUUUGAAGAAUAAAGGGAAUAUUUGAUAUUAUUUUAAACCUU